UAGCAUGUUGCAGGGGUCAGUUGAAGAAUAAAAGAAUCCCAUGUUUGAGAGUUGACAAAUUAAAUAUGCCUUAUAUUGUGGAUGGUUUUGGGAUAAAAUUUCCAUAUUUGCUUAAAGCUACUUUCCCUUUCUUAUCCAUAUCCUUUAUAAAUAGCCAGGCAGAUGAAACCCAAAGUCCACCAUCGCCAAACCUCACGAAUCUUACUUAGUUUUCUGCUUUAGAGUUUUCAUCAUUUCCAGUAGUUCAGCUGCGUUACUUGUUCUCUAAGAAUCCAAUUAUUAUUCGGUAAUGGAGAGUGUGAGACAGUUGGCUUCAGAGAAGGCCGCUGUGAUCUUCACAAAGAGCUCCUGCUGCAUAUGCCACAGCGUGAAGACACUUUUCUACGAGCUCGGAGCAAGCCCGGCGAUUCAUGAGCUCGACCGGUACACCAAUGGGAGGGACAUGGAGUGGGCAUUGAGGAACCUCGGCUGCAAUCCUGCUCUCCCUGCUGUGUUCAUAGGUGGGAAAUAUGUCGGCUCGUCGAAAGAAAUCAUAUCCUACCAUGUCGAUGGAUCUCUAAAACAAAUGCUCAAAGAUGCAAAAGCCAUCUGGUUCUAGCUAGCUAGCAGCUUAUAUUAUUACACAUGAAGCUUAAGCUAUGAUCUGUUAAUUAGCUCUAGUAGUAUACACAGAAAAGAAUCCCAAUACCAUUGCUUAAAGAAAAUGAGUAUUGAGGUUUAAUUUUCCAUUUUUCUUUUACUUCGUAUGUAACUUUCCUGGCUACAUUUUAAAUAUAUGAAAUGAAGUCAGAUAAUACGAAAAGUAUCCUGGAGAGUUCAGAAAAUUUCGCCAUCUAUAAACUUCUAUUUUACUGUU